UCACUCUGAGCAUCAAUGAGUAGACUACGUAGCACAGCGUAAUGUAAGACCUUAUUCUCCACCUACGCUUCAGUUGCUGAUUGGCAUUACGCAGGUAUCCAGCUAUUAUUUAUUGCCCCAAAGUGUGGACGCCUCAUUUAUCCUGACCGGAUUUCACUGGCAGUUCAGGCGGCACUCAGCAUCAGGACGCACACUGCUGGCUCUUGCCAAAUCACCUGUCAGACAUUUGAAAAAACACAGGUGGUGUUAAGAAAAUGAGGAGAAGUGUGUUGCUGGUGACUCUAUUCCUGGUGGUGAAACUUCGAUCCAGCCAGUCCAGAUGUGAGGAUCCGGGAUCGCGCAGAUCAAGUUCGGAUAAUUUAGGCUUGGAUAACCUCAAACGGAAUAUCCUGAAGAGGUAUAGCGAUUUGGAUUAUGACAGCUUUGUGGGUCUGAUGGGCAGAAGAAGCGCCGAUGAAAAUGAAGUACAACCACCGCAAAAAAGGGAAAUGCACGACAUUUUUGUUGGGCUUAUGGGAAGGAGAAACUCAGAGCCUGAUAAUGGUUCUUGGAGAAGAGAGUAUCCAGAGAGGAGAGGGAUUUUUCUCAACAAAUGCAGGCUGAGGUUUCUUCAGGGUCUGUAGACAGUGUGGAGCAACUCUCCCAUUUAACAGCAAUGACUGAAGAUCCCAGAAAACACAAUGAACUAAAUGACCAAUGGAAACUGCUAAAUAAAUGUGAUUAACAUUGUAAAGCUACCAGCUGGCUAAUGACAGUGAAUAUAAACAGUACAGAUUGUAUUUAUUCUAACUGAUGGCAAAGCUUAAUUAGAAGUUACAGCUGAUAAAAUUCUGUUUCUUUAUCAUGUUCAAAUCACAAAAUAAACAUAUUUUUUGUAUACAUAAUUUAUUCAUUCAGAAUGUGUAUGCUUUUUCCUGAGCCCUUAAAACUUCACUUCUAGUGCAGGCAGUACUGUUCAGUCUCACCUGUUGCAGUGUGCAUUGUUGAGUUACAUAAAAUCACUUGACAAGAGGA